GGAAGGCUCCCAAGUUGUGUUAAAAGAGGAAAAAAAAAAAAAAGAUUGCUCGGUGACCUUCGUGGAGAGCAGCUGCAACGGUCACCACGACGGUGACGAUAACCAGGACAGCCUUCUGAAUGCGCAGGAAAAACCCAUCGGUAGAUUGCACAUCGACCGGGACACCUUCUGCCCAUAUUUAACCAAACGGAGAACUGCCCUUAAGUUUAUUUCGUAUCAUGUGAAGGAGUACCAAGAAGGCAUGCUUUACAAACAGAGUGAUGGGAGUGAUAAGGCCUUUUUGUAUUCGACGAAAAUUAAAAAGUGUCAGUACAGCGAUAGGAUAAGUAGCAAUUUAUUUGUAAAUUGUUUUUCUUUUUCUGGGGAUCAUGUGGAGAGAGUGUCCAGGAAAAGUCUCUUCGAUAUUCUUUUUGGAAAAUUUAGCCUCCUGUACCUCUUCACCGACACGAGCCAUAUCCACGAGGUGAAGAAAUAUUUGGCCGACUUUGCGCUCCAGAAGGCGGAGCAUGGAAAACACGCACCGUACACCCAGGACAUGCAGCACACCCAGCACAUCCAGCACAUCCAGCACAUCCAGCACAUCCAGCACAUCCAGCACAUCCAGCAGAUGAGGAUAACUGAGGAAGGCAAUUUUGUAAAACUGAGAGACCGACAGGAACCAAUCCACAUCCACUACUGCUACGUCUCUCCAUAUAGAUACCUUCUCUCAACGUACUUCAGUAAAAGAAUAGCACAGGAUUUAAAAAGCAAUUAUUUUAAUGGAAAAAAUUUUUUUUUUUUAAAUGACAGAUUAAGUGAGGACGUUGAAAACACGCUGCUGCUUCCUGGGAGCAGAACCGUUGGUUCGUUCACCCCUAACGAUAUGUUACCAUCGUUACUUCUGGUCGACGACUGUUGUUACGUGAGGUAUCACAUAAAGGGGUUGUUUACGAGGGAGGCUUCUCACUACCUCUUCAACGUCAUGAGGGGCAUUUA